AUGAAUACCAAAUGGAAACUGCUGUUAUUGAUUGCAUUUGCUUUAUUCUUGAUGUGGAUUAUGCAUCGUUCUCAAAUAAAGAAGGACCUGCAGAAGAUGAAUUUCUGCUGGGAUCAAGAAACAGGAGAACCUCAGCUCUCAGACUGGUUUAAUCCUAAAAAACGUCCUGAUGUAAUAACAACAACCAACUGGCUUGCUCCAGUCAUAUGGGAAGGAACUUAUAAUAGACCGGUCCUGGAAAAAUACUACAAAAGGCUGAACAUCACUAUAGGCUUGGCUGUAAUAUGUGUUCCCGGAAAGUUUUCAAAUCAGAGCCUGGCUGACUUCAUCCAGUCUGCAAACAAGCACUUCCUCUUUGGCUACAACGUUGUCUUUUACUUCUUGCUGGAUGUCUUCUCCACCCUGCCUCCCAUAGCCUUAGGUCCCCUUCGAACAUUUAAGGUAUUUUUAAUGGUCAAAAGUGAUAUAGGGAAAGAUUUUUAUUUCAUAUACAUGAAUAACUUAUUUGACUACAUCAUAACACACAUCCAGUAUGAAGUCAACUUUCUCUUCGUUAUGAAUGCAAACCAGGUCUUCAAGGAUGAUUUUGGAGUGGAAACCCUGGGAAAAUCUGUAGCUCAACUUAGUGCAUGGUGGUAUUUUAAAGAUGGUGACACUUUCCCUUAUGAGAGAAGACUUAAAUCAGCAGCUUUCAUCCCUUUUGAAGAGGGAGAUUUCUACUACCAUAGUGCAAUUUUUGGUGGCACAGUUGAGGAGGUUUUAAACCUCAUUAGAGAAUAUCAGAAAGGAGCUAUUCAAGACAUUAAAAAUCAACUUAGCAGCACAUAUGAACAUCACCUAAACAAAUAUCUUUUUAUCAAGAAACCGACUAAGUUAUUAUCACCAGAAUACAAUUGGGAUCCAAGUUUUAGAACCCCUCCGCAAAUUAAAUGUGUCAAGAUAGCAUGGCAGUCAAAAAAUGUUUGA